UCAACACAAAGGCUUUUUGAAAAUGUAUAAAAUAUUUAAAAAUACUUUUCUUCUUGUUUCCUGGCCUUAAAGCUGCAGAAUGUGACUUUUAUAAUGUUUUUACAUAUUAAAUGUUAUGAGGCAGGUAAUCUGGGAAAGGAUUGAUCUCCUGAGCUGCUGUUGCUCUCUAAAGAUACGAAUCGUUUCUGACCCAAAAAGCAGCCAGGAUGCUGCCAAUCAGUCUCAUGUACUCGCUGCUAAAUGUGCUAAUGGCGGAGAAACGAUUUACCGUUGCAGGAAAACUGUUUUAUCUACCGUCAUCUGUGGCUAUGCUAACUAGCCUUAGCAUUCCUGGCAGAGUCUUCUAUCAUGAAGAUGCUGUCACCAAGCAGAGAGGAGGGAGCAGCAGGUAUUCAAGCAUGAUUGACAGCGCUAGCACCCGCCCCCUGGCUCUGUAAUAUGAGAGUUUAAAUAAAAAUGUGAAAAACUGAAUUUUUGAUCUGAUCUGUCAUGUAAAAUCAGGUUUUAUAAUCUUAUUCGCUCAUCAAAAACAUCUGGAGCGUUUCUGUCAUUCUUUCAUCCGUGUUUGAGAAAUCCUUUAAUCUCCAUGGCAACCAUUUGGAAACAAAGAUUACAGGUAUUUGUUCAUAUGUCGUUAACUGAACAUUUUAAACACCGUUUAUAUAGAAUGUGAUUUUAAUCCUGAUUCGUCCUGUGUUUAGGUUGCUCUGUUGAUGUGUCUCGACUUUUUAAAUCUUUUCUUUUCAUCCUGGAAAAGCAGAACUAACCGAGAAACAUGACAUGUAAAUACAGACCGUUUACUCUAAACCCAUAAAACAGUUUGAGAAAUCUCAGUCCAGGCAGCGGCUGCUUUACAGUUGCUCAUGUUCCUUUUUACUGGUUUGGUUGACGGAAAGUAAACGACUCACUGAAAGUCCACCUGCAAGUUAAUAUUAUCUUUGCGAUAAGACGGUUUUAUGGUCUGAGCUGUUCGGCUCAGGAUUUCCUGCAUGGCGGCCAGAACCGAACGACACUGACGUGGUUUUCCAUCUGAAACAGCCAUGAAGGCUCAUUUUAGAGUAGGAGUGAUUGGAGCUUUUUUAUUUUUCGUGUAUCUGAUUAUCUUCAUGACUGGGAGGUGGAGAGAAGAAAAGCCGCAUCAGACACACGUCACAAACCAGGAAGCCAUGAGCCGAAAACUGGACAGGAUUCAGGAGACCCUGAACAAGCUGACAAAUCUACUAGAGGAACCUGCCAAGAAAAGCUGUCCAGAAGAACCUUCUCCAAAUAAAAACCACAAAGAGCCCGAAAAGGCGGCGGCGCCGAAGCUGUACCCGAACUCUGCGCUGUUUCUGAAGUGGGGCGACGGCCUGUCAGAGGAGGAGCAGAAGGAGGCCGAAGGGCUUUUUAGGAUUUACGGCUACAACGCCUUCCUCAGCAACCGGAUCGCCCUGGACCGGCAACUUCCUGACAUGAGAGAUCCCAGGUGUCUGAAGAAGAAAUACCCCCGAGCCCUGCCCAGCGUCAGCGUGGUGCUGAUCUACGUUAACGAGGCGCUGUCUGUGAUCAAGAGGGCGACGCGGAGCGUCAUCACCAACACGCCCCAACACCUGCUGAGGGAAAUCAUCCUGGUGGACGACCACAGCACCUACAACGAUCUUGGGAAACCGGUAGAAGAUUACAUAAACGAGAUUCACAAAGAAAGGCCUGGCCUCGUUAAAAGAGUCUGGCACACGAGUCAGAUGGGUUUGUCCCAGUCCCGGAUCACGGGCUGGGAGCAUGCCACUGGAGACGUGGUGGCCAUUUUAGAUGCUCACAUUGAAGCUACAAGAGGAUGGGCAGAACCUCUGCUGGCCCAGAUCAAAGCUGACAGAACCGUUGUCGUGUCGCCUGUGUUUGAAAAGAUCCACUUCGAUGAUCUGCAUGUGGAAAGAUACAUGUCGUUUGCUCAGGGCUUUGACUGGGCCCUGUGGUGCAUGUACGAGUUCUUCAAACCGAACUGGAACGACGUGGAUGAAUCACAGCCUCAGAACUUUAAUGUGCAGCUGUUGGGUGUUUAUUGUGAACAGGACCACGGUAUCGACAUCGGCGACGUUUCCGAGAGGAAAAAACUGAGAGAGCAGCUGAAAUGUAAACCUUUCAGUUGGUACCUGGAGAACGUUUACCCGAGUCUGGAGCGAUGGGACGACGUCCUGGGCUACGGUGUGCUGCAGAACAGCCUGGUAAAGCAGCAGUGUGUGGAUCAGGGAGACGUUCCUGGAAGCAUCCCGGUCUUAUACGAGUGCCACUCCCAGGAACCGCAGAAAUGUUUCUACAACACGGAGGGGGAAAUCAUCAUUGGCGGCCUGAGAUCCCAUAAGUACAGCCGGAACCGCUGCCUGGUGGAUCCGGGCUCCGGAAGCAUUCCCACUCUGCAUGAGUGCAACACAGCAAGGCUGAAACAGUUACACAUUAACUGGGACUUCAGGCAGGGCCGAGAAAUAAGGAACAAAGCUACGCAGCGAUGUCUGGAGGUCGCUCCGGGAGAAUACCUGGACUACCAGCUGGUCAUCCAGCGCUGCACCAGCCAGAGCUGGACCAUCCAGAACCUGGUCACCGCCGCCUAGCGCCACUCAGCCGCAGCUGGGGCUCACUUCAUAAAAAACGUUUGUGACGCAGCAGCAGACGGUUCAGGACGUCAGAUUUACUGCAUCAUCUACCUUCACCUGUAGCCAGAACCAGAAUAAAGAGGCGAGUUGGACAUCUGAUCAGGACGUCUACCGGGGACACCAGAAUGUCCCGGUGUGUCCUCUCUGGGCGGAUGGAUGGUGUCUCUGGUGCUAUAGUUUUAGAUUUGUGGUUUGUAAAUGAGGAGUUAAAGUUGUAGAGAAAAAUCCCAGAGGAGUUUUGAAACUUUUCAGUCUUUCCCAAAUUCAAAACAGCCGUUCCACUUCUUCUUCUUCUUCUUCUUCUUCUUCUUCUUCAAAUUCUUCAGUGAAAGACACAAAUUGUAUUCUUUGAGUCACGCUCUCAGUUUUUCCCCAAAUGGUGCAAAACAAAUCUUCACAUGUCAAAAAAAAAUUACUUGCAAAUAUUUGUUGUUGUUGUUGUUUUCUCUUGUGGAAGGAACAAGAUGGAAAAUGUUGAUUUGCUGUAUUUAGCCGUUUGUCAUGUGGCGUCAGUGAUGGAUUGUGGGUAACAUAUAAUUACGCUGCAAUACUUUGGCAGUUGAUUUGUUAUUUUUGAAAUGUUAUCAAAAGGUAAUAAAUGUUUGUUCCAUGAAUUAAAA